GCUGGGGGAGGCAGGCAGACGCCUGGGGUUCCGAUGCGGAGAAUCCGCGGCGGAUACUUCCGGGGUGGGUUACGAUUUGCAAUCGCCCGGCUUCCUCUGCGCUCAGGUCACGUGGGCCAGCAACAGCGGUAAUUAAAUGUGACUGAGUGCGCACCGUGCAAGUCCAUCAAGUGCAUUUGAGGACUUUAAAAGCAUUACCUCAGUCAGCGUGUUCCGAAUCCCCAUUUGAAAGAUGGAGAAACUGAGGCCCACAGAGGAGGAGUAACUUGCCCAAGGACCCGUAGCUGGUGACUGCAGGAGCCAGGACGAGAACCCAGAUCUGGCCCGAAAACCCAAGGCAUCUUUCCCUGCACUAGUCAAGGUGUAGAACUGUGCGUCUAAUAAAAUCCUUGGGCCUCAUCCCUCCCUCCUCCCUCGUUCUUCCCCCUCCCCCUAACUAGGCUAAGAACACAGCAUUUCCCUUCAGCACCCAAGAUGACGCUUUCCCCUGACAGAGAAUUGGGAAGUUGUUAGGAUGCAUAUCUCUUGGAUUUGUUCCCCACCAGAACAUUGAUUGUUUAGCUUCCUGCUUGGGUAAAUGUUCGCACAGCCUUAUGCUUCCAGCGCCUGGCCCAGAGUUGGCCCUCCCUGGGUGUUUGACGAAUGAAUCUCCUUGAACUGCCUAGAGGAAAGAGGAUCUGUUUGAAUCAGACCCUGCCCCACUCGCUGGCUGUGUGUCUGGGUAAAUUUCUUGCCUUCUCUGGGCUUCUCGGUGGUAAUGUGGAAGGAGGGAUGCUUGUCUUGCGCAGCUUGCAUGAAGAUCACAUGAGGUACAGCAUCUGGCUUUCCCUUUCUCUCUGUCUCUGGCAAUAAUGGCGACCUCACAAGAUGGUCGGGAGCCUUGGUGUAAGAUGCUUUGCAGAUGUCCAUUGUGUGAUUAGCAUGGUUGAGUUCUAUGAGAGAAAUGGUCUCCUGUCUCCCUUGCAGGCUGCCCUCCUCCGGGUUGUGCCGCGGUUGCCAGGGCCAGCGGCGUGGGGAAGGCCUCUCUACCGGCUAUGGUGCUGCAGUGGGCAGGAUCCUAGGAGGUGGGUGGGGAACAAGUCGCCCGCCUCCAAGGAGAAGCCACCAGGCACAGAGACAGAGAAAUUCCAGAUGGUCUACCGAUUUGAUGCCAUCAGAGCCUUCGGGUACUUGUCUCAGCUGAAGGUGGCACAGACGGCCCUGACGGUGGUGGCCCUGCCUCCUGGCCUCUACUGGUACUCCCAGGGCCUCAUGACUUUCAACUCCCUGUGCCUCGUGGGCGGGAUCGCUGGCUUUGCCCUGGCCAUGCUGUGCUGGAUGAGUUAUUUCUUCCGGAGGCUGGUGGGCAUCCUGUACGUGAACGAGUCAGGCACCGUGCUGCGGGUGGCUCACCUGACCUUCUGGGGCUGGCGACAGGACACGUAUUGCCCCGUGGCCGACGUGGUCCCCAUGACGGAAACCAAGGACCGGCCCCAGGAGCUGUUCGUGCGUAUUCAGCAGUACAGCGGGAAGCAGACCUUCUACCUCACCCUGCGCUACGGCCGCAUCCUGGACAGGGAGCGUUUCAUGCAGGUGUUUGGGAUGCUGGACACGCUCAAGUGAACAGCUGGGAGCCGGGCCUCUGGGUCACCCUGGGCCACCUGGAUCUCCCAUGGGAAGGCCGAGGGUGUGAGUGAGGCUGAAGAAGGGGACCGGCCAGCUGGAGACUUUGCCAAGGCCUCUGGGGACUUGUCUUUUGGGAUGCGGAAAAUUCACAGGCAGAAGCUAGUAACUGGGUUUAGGAAAGAGGCCCUUCGUGAGAAUACUUACUGCACUUGUGUGUGACAUUCAAACAGGUAAUGGCCAGGAGUUUCUGUUAAGAGCCAGUUCUUGGGGGAAGCUAUGCCAGAUUCACUCAGACAGUAACUGCUGUGAGGUCGGAAGUCAGAGAGGUGUGGCGGGGAGCACAGGAUUGGGAGUUGGAAGACUCCCUGUCCUCAACUCCCUGUCCUCGGGCAGGUUGUUGAGUCUCUCUGAACCUCUGUUUUCAGAUCUGUACAAUGGAAAAUCCUGCCUGUCUAUGCGAUGAGUGCGAGAACAAAUACAUGUCAAGGGCUUUCCAAACUCAACAGCCAGGAGCAAACGUGAACCAUUAAUCCAGGGGAGAUGGGGCAGUGAAAGGCUUCUAGGCAUUUGGUAGGGAUUUUUCGAGCUCUGUGCUGUGCCCCUUCGUGGGCCCGGGGGCAGAAGGAAGGGACUGGGAGGAAGCCUAGAGGUGGGUCAUCACAUCUUGCCAGGACAGUAACUGCACAGUGGCUGGGGCAGGGAUGUUGUCUACACGAGCACAGCCCCCUUGCUAGGACUGUGUUCACCACCCAGGGGUCUAGGGGCUUGCAUCUGCAGUGUGAUAAAGUCAGAUGAACUAUAUGCUGGGGCAUUAUUUUAUAAACUAAAGCCAGUUAUAUGCAUUGCCCCCCAUAAUUAGUAAUAUAUGUUUAUUAUACAAUUUGUAAUAGAGUAAAGAGGAAGGAAGACAUGAUCAUUAUAAUUCUGCCACUCAAAAGUCAAUGACUAAAUGUUGUGUAGCCUUCCUGUCCUUUUUUUAUUGUAGGAUAAUAUACGUAACUUAAAUUUAUCCUUUUAACCAUUUCUAAGUGUAUAAUUCAGUGGUAUUAAGUACAUUCACAGUGUUGUGAAACCAUCACCUUUAUCCAUUUCCAGAACUUUUUCAUCCUCUCAAAUAGAAACUCUUGAACCCAUUAAACAGGAACUCCUCGUUCCCCCUCCCUCAGCCCUUGGCAACCACUAAUCUGCUUUCUGUCUCUAUGGAUUGGCCUAUUCUGGACAUUUCAUAUAAAUGGAAUCCUACACUGUG